GCCACUGUCAAUGUCAUUUCUGACGUUUCUGUGUCGAUCAAUUGACAAAUUUGGGUGGUCGAUUUCUUUAAUUUUCUAAGUAUUAAUUAAAAAAUAUCCACAAUGGCUACUGUUAUAAAAACGAAGGAUAUCAAGCCGGAGCCCGUGGCGUACAGCGAAGCAGCGCUCAGAAAUAAUGGCGCUGUUAUCGAGUAUUGCAGGACUUCGAUGGCUGCCCUUUCGGGCUCUACAGCGGGAGUCCUAGGCCUCACCAGCCUCUACGGCUUCAUGUUCUACGUUCUGUCUGUGGUGGUGCUGUUCGUCAUGUUCAUGGUGAAGACCGGACCCAGCUGGCACAAGUACCACAUCUCCCGGCAAGCGCUGCUUACAAACAGCUUCUUCGCCUCUCUGUGCACUUAUGUGCUGUUCUGGACCUUUAUUUAUGGGAUGGUUCAUGUAUAUUAAAAAAUGUAAUCUUACUUGGAGAGUCAUAAUUCGUUUUUGAUGCAUUUUAAGAGCCUCCUAGACUAAUCGGUAGCCCUGCCUACGAUGCAGGCGCUCCUGGGUUUGAAUCCUGGUAAGGGCAUUUAUAUAUAUCUACACCUGAUAAAAUCAUGACCCUGCACAUGAUAAAAUUAAUAAAAAAAAAAACAUCACCAGACACCAAGAAGUUAAAUACCUCAUUAAAAUUAAUACAUAUUUUGUGCAUCAAAAAUAAUUUUGAAUCUAAUGCGGUUAUCACAGUGAUGCAUCCGCAGACCGCUCCGGUGAGUGAGCGAGACGACUCUAUUUACGUACCUAUAUCUCUAGAAUUUGAUAUCCGUGAAACGCGAAAAUGCUCCCCAUGCGGCAUUUUGCCGCCCAUACUUAAUAUUAUUUUUUGUUUAAAAUAAUGGAUAAAUCAGUUUGUAAUCAUUGUUAUGGGAUAAAAUAAAUCAAAAACUACUAGGAAAAGUAUUGUUAUAGUUUUUUACUUUGUAGUACAAAAAAAAAUACUGAAGUAAUCACAGUUUUUUCGUCUUGGGCAGCAAAAUGCUCAUUGGCUUGGGCUGUAUGUUAUGUAAAGGAAAGGCCAGUCCAGAUGGGUAAAUUUUUGCCCAAUCUGAUUAAAUUGUCUGAUUAAAUCAGGGGGUGUGUACGCAAAAAUGAAAUUGGCUCGCCGAUCCCUCUCGAUUCGAUUGUAAGAAUGACCGGUCAAAUGCAGAUGCAAGAAUGCCAAUUUCCGACGCUACUAUAUGCGCAUUUUUUUUUUUGAUCGCUCAUAUGUCACCAUAAAUCAGAAAUGAGUUGGACACCAAUUUCUUUUCUAACCAAAUUGGUCAAUUAUAUCAUCCUGUCUGGACGGGCUUUAACGCUGGCAUACGACUAGCAUGCUGGGUGCCUAGCCAAGCUGCCAUAAGUUCGCGCCGUAGCGAACGAUACAGUCAUCUCUCUCUAUCACUUUUCCAUAUUAAUUAGUGCGACAAAGACAUUGGCGUUUCGUUCGCUACGGAGUGUAAACGAUUGGCAUCUUGUCUAGGCACCCAUGAUCCGUAUCCAAUUUGAAAAACUCCAGUCAAUAGGGUGUAGGUAUGAGUGUGGUAUGUUAUUUAUGUAUGAAAUGUUAUUGUAAUUUGCAUCAACCGAAAGUGGUUUAAGAUAAGUAUCUGAACCAUUUAUUUCUGUUAAUUUAGGACUUGGGCAAAAGGUGGCAGUAAUGUGUUCUACAGUACAUAUGAUGCUACUUUUAUUAUUAUUUUUAUUUCAGAUUCCAUUAUUCCAUAUACACUUAUAAUCUAUACACAUUUUUACAAUUAAAACUAGGUGGACAGCAUGUGGAUCUGGUUCCAGUAGUAAUGGAAGGGACCAUCUUCCCUUCCUGCUACUGUUAAUUUCAUUCAUUCAUUCAACGUUGUACGAUACAUGCAUGUUCGAAUAGGCAAAUGGGGAAUAUUACGCGAAACUCUGCGUAGGGGGCGCCACAAGUCAAGGUCUACCGCGAAACGAGAAAAUCGAAAUCUAACCUCUCUAUCACUCUUGCAUAUUUGAGCGAUAAAGACGCAGAUAACUAAAUUUCGAUUUUCUCGUUUCCCGGUAGGCCCUUUGUAAACAUAAACCGUCAAUGCAUCAAUGUUACCUUUUAUUAUCUAUGAAAACUUGACAAAAUACUAUGUAUAAGCUACUCUAUGGUUUAAGAUAAGAUACGUUGCCAGUGCUGCACUCUGGCGGCAGAACAUUGCAGUAAUACUCCCUAUUCGCAACUCGUGUCGAUUUAAUUUAUAUCCAUUCGUUGCGAAUUUCCUAUUUUUCGCACUUGUAUCGUAAUGUACUAUUACAGUACAUAUGGUGCUACUUUACCGCUCUAGUGCGGUAAUUAGCACUAUACGACGUACGUGCCUAUGUGAAAAUUUAAAGGGCCAUAUAUUAUGUACAAGUGUGAAAAGUAGGAAAUUCCCAACGAGUGGCGAUGAAUGAAAACAACCCAAGAGGGAGUGUUUUAAAUCGACACGAGUUGCGAAUGCCCUAUUAAUAAUGUACUAUUUGAUAAGGACUACUGAUAAUCCUAUACUAGAGUAUAAUACACAUAUUAUAUUUUGGCAGUGUCUUUAAACCUAUAUUUGUGCGGAUAUGCGCGGGAAAAUAUGUAUGGGAGCCCUCAAGACACCACGAGGGAUUUUAUUAGUGGACUGUAAAUUAAAUAGAAAAAAAAAGUACUUGCAUGACGCCUAGAUUUAAGGGAUUUAGGAAAUGCCUGCGCACAUACCUGGUGAUCUUGCUGUACGGUACUUGAGCUGGCCAGCACUUCGUAAAACUUUCCCGAUCCUCAGCGACAGUACACACGUAUAUCACUUUCACUCUCGUUCGACAGUUUUGCUAAUUUCACAUUACAUUUUUAUUUCUUUCGGCUAAGAGAUGCGUUUAGAUCUGCAUCGAUUCAGGAACUGAUUCGCCAAUAUGACGUCUCAUAGAACAUGCCGUAAGCGAGACAGCAAUAAGGCUUUGUGCGCGUUGGCAAGGGAUAGGUAACUUGGAAGGGUUAAGAGCGUUUCACAAGUACCUACAUUUGAAAAUAUUAGGAAAAACGACCUUAAAAUAAAAAUAUCAAAUUUGAAACACAACAUAUUUAUCAAAUAUUUUAUUGGAACUGUACCAUUUUCAGCUAUUUAUAGAACUAUUUAGGUAUUAUUGGUAGAACUGGUAGGUCUUUCUCGUUAUUCCUAGAGUUAGACCAAUAGAAAUCUGCAGCGAUUUUGAUAGCCUAGACUGUGCAAGUGUUAUUUUAAACGUCAAAUGAAGACGUCUACCUAAUAUUAUAAAUGCGAAAUUAUCUCCGUCUGUCUGUUACCUUUCACGUUUUACAUUCUAGAUGAAACUUAUAAAGCAAAGAGAAUUUAAAAAUGGUGGAUUGUCAAAGAAAACUUUGUAGCCACAGUAAAUUUACUAACAUCUUUCAAUACAUUAUUAAAACUUUUAGAACACCA